UGGUCUGGAGAGCCAGACGAUACAGCGCUUCUCCUCAGGUGGCGCUCUGCCAGGUGAUGUCCUCCGUGUUUACAUCCAUCCAGGUACACCAUACACACCCAAGCGCCUCCUCAGUGGCCUCCCAAGACUGUCAUAGCCUCCAAAACCUCUAGUGAUUUUUCCAGCACCCACACCUUCCUCACUCACGCCACCCAAGAUGCGAUGGUGCACGGUAGUAUGGGUGAGCUUGGCCGUGGCGUUCGUGGGCGUGCAGGUUACGUGGGCGUGCAACGAGGUGGUGUGUGCCAGCAUGGUCAGCAAGUGCAUGUUGACUCAGGCGUGCAAGUGUGACCUUAGCAACUCCCCCACCAACAACUGCACGUGUUGCAGAGACUGUGCCAAGUGUCUGGGCUACCUGUACACUGAGUGUUGCUCCUGUCUAGGUAUGUGUGAACCUAGGAGCCAGGUGUUGGACAAGACAGACUCUCAGGUGGGUGACUUACCUGAGCCCUUCCAGCAGCUGUUCCAGGCCCUCACAGGAGACAAGGACCCUCUCCUACGCUGGACCGCCAUGACCUUCCCUAUCGACUUGGCCCUCUCCGAUAUAGACACCACAACCCUGGAUAAGAACAAGUACAAGUUGGAUCCAGCCUCCCAGAGUCUCAUGAAAUUUAUCUCAAAAUGUUUAUUUUUUAUGGUGACGGUCAACUGCACGGUGAUGUACAUGUCGCAGUGUAUGUCUGGAAGCAAAUGUAAGGCCACCUGCACUACCACGGGCGCCACCGCUUAUCGCUGGUUCUUUGACGGGUGCUGCGAGUGUGUAGGCAGCCCUUGUAUCAACUACGGUGUCAACGAAAGCAGGUGCAUCCAAUGCCCCAUGGUGGAUGAGGACGAAUACGACGAGGUCCUCACCGAUCAGUACCUGGCUGGUAACUCCGCUGAUAACUUCGACGAAGUGGCCGCCCAAAGGGACAUCAUCUCUGAAAACGACCCGGCAUUGUAGUCGUCGUCGACAAGGUAGCGUUCAGUAAGACAUCGUUACUGACAACGACCCCAUCAUAUAGAGGUCGUUUACCUGGCACAAUUCAAUCAGCUUGUCGUCAAUGAGGGCAAGGCCGAAUCCGAUAACGACCCCCACCUUGAAGUCGUCAUCUAACCUGCCACGACCCACGUAAAGUAUCCUCUUUAUGCUAACAUCAACCAAUUAUGAAUUACAUAAAGUAAAUGGAAAUAACACAAAACCCAGAGGUGGUUCACACCUGCCAGGUAAACACAACUUGUAACGCGCGGGAGACGGAACAUACCUGGCGGCUCUCAACACAUUAAGAACAUAAGAAAAUAAGGAGUCUGCAAUAGGCCGGUUGGCCUGUGCAUGGCAGCUCCUGUCGAGAGUUACUACCACUCUCUAUCAUCCAUGAAUCU